AUGGAGGGGUUGGAGGUGGUUCCAGCGGGCGAAGACUUCCGAGACGCCGUCCACGACUUUCUUCUCGAUCAUUUCCGAGUUACUGAGCCCAUCACCGGUGCUCUAGGUUUGUUCUGCUCCAGUUCAGCUUUCGCUUAAUUUUCUUCACGCUUUCAAUUUUUCCAACACGAAUAGCAUUUUCCCAAAUAUCACGAAAUAUAGGCCCAGGAAGUUUGAAGUAACAGCUUCACGACGAGAUCCUUCACAGGAAAUCGAAACUGUUGGGUAUUCUCAUUCAAUACCCAGAGAUCCAAAUAGUCUGACGUGUCUGCGCUCUCUCUUCUGUCAGCGGCAAAGUCACAAAAAGAUCAAAGUAACAAAUGACCAACAAAAGCCGGUAAAGGGAAGAAAAGAAGAUUUUUUCAUGAAAAAGUUUUCAUCGAUUGACACCCUAAUAAUUUCGCAACGAUGUCCAGGCUGUUCUCGAGAAGACGUCUUCGACUUUUUCCUGGACCUCCGUGACGUCGCCUUCAACAAUCCCGAAGUCUCAAUGUUAGUAUUAGAUGGAACGGUAUGUACUCUUCAAUGUGAAUGUUUUAUGCCUAAAUCAUCAGACAUUAGCUGCAAUUUGCCUCAACUCCAUAAAAGAGUACCCGGAAGUAGAAUCAACAAUACCUUGGAAGUUUGACCCCAACAAAGACUACGCCGAAGGUUUCUCUGAACUGUGUUCCGAAACAAACGAAGACCUUGUAGAAAUCUCCCAAGGACCAUACAAGUCCGAAAACGCCAACAGAUUGAGCGUCUUCAUCGAUACGGUAGAAGAAGAUCUGCAGAUAUUGACAAACGGAGCCAAGAGAAUUUUCAAAAUCGACGUUUUAUGUGUGAGCAGAGAUUAUCAAAAGUGAGAGUCAAAGAACUAUCGUUGAAUAAAAUGGAUUUUAGAAGAGGAAUCGGGAAAUGGUUAGUCGAAGAAAGUCUGAGAAGAGCCGCCGCCGCCGGAUGCGAAUACCUGGCCUCAACUGGAAGCGCCGUCGGUUCUCAGGCCAUUUUCACCAAGGUAAGUCUCCGAAAAGACAUUAAUGCUCAAAUCGAUUACUUUAGCUUGGUUUUGAAACCCUGCGCGAAUUGCCUUUCUCAUGUUUCCGAGAAAACGGCCAAGAAGUCUUUCGAAAUUUGGCAGACGGCGGUCGAAGUGGCAAACUUAUGGGUGUUCGACUUCAAUCUCACGACCAAAAUGGUUCAAAAAACGUGCUCGACCAAGCAGAAGAAGAAGAUUUGAGAUAG